UUUUUGCCAAGCCUCAAGAUGGCUCCCUCCACCCGCCCGUGAUUUAAAAAGAGGAGGGGGUGCGUCAUUUUCCCAGCAACCCUUCCUAGAGCUGCAAUCAAGAUUGCGGGCAAUGAUUUGAGCCGAGGGGGAGGGGAGAGGAGGCGAGGCUGCGAGCCAGGACUCGGGGUUCGACUGGGUUGGAGCGGGGAAGGGGAGCUCGGACGCCUGGGUCCUCUAGGGAGGGGACCGGGGUUUUUAAUAGGUUGCGGUAAGGGAGCUAGAAACCGGGAUUCCGUAGGAGGAGGAGGAGGAGAGCCGGGAGGGAAGGGAAGACAUGUGCAGCCUAGGGAGAAGGGGCUUUAUUGUGGUGCUGUCGCCGCGUGACAUGUUGAAGAGCAUUUGUAGGGUGCAGAGCUGAUUUGGGAAAUCUUUUUUGGGGAGGGGGGAGCAGGCUUUCGAGAGCGCGGCUUUGAAGAGCGAAGGGGCUGCAAUGCAGUGCUGGGGGGAUUCUCCCAAAGACUCCUGGGGAAUAGGAAACGUGAUGGGGGCGAGGGAUGGCAUCCUUGCAGGGCUGUGGUAACCCAGUUCUCCUGACGGGGUGGGAGGAAGGAAGGUUUGGGAGGCUGGCUGUGUUAAUCUGGGGGUGGGGGCCCUCUCCAUUUUGGGAGAUUUGCUACUUCUGGGGUGUGUGUGUUUAGUAUUACUCUGCAGCCCUGGGGCCAGUUGGAGAGGAAGGCUAGUACCUUUCCGGUGAACACCAGGCUUUGAGGGAAUGUUCUGAAUUAGUUUUGGGGAAGCUGUCUCGAAUUGGGGUGCUGUAAUUUUUCGUGACAAAUAUGUUGAGGGGAUAGGGCUAACGCUAAUGACUGAGUGGAGGUGUGGAAAAUCCCCUAUUUCCAGGUUAUAUUUGACAUUGGAAUGGAGAUACUUUUGUAUGAGAGGAUUCUAAUUCUGUAGAAUAUAUCAUUUUCAUUUGGUAGUUAUGCGCUAUGCCUUCUUUGUCUGGGAAAGACUGAGCCUUAGAAAAUGCUGGUGCCUCCAAACUUGAUUUUAAAACAAAAACAUGCUUCUAUGUUUCUGAGGUGCUGAUGAUGCUAAACAAGCUUUAGUGAUGCAGUCAUAUCAAACAUAUUAAACUGGGGGGGGGGCACGUUGAACUAAGUAUUUUACCUUGCCGGACAUACCCCUUUAAAUUUUGUAGGGAUGUUUUGACACCAGAGUACUUAAAGGGUUCCAGAAGUACUCCCUUGUAAAAAUACCACUGUCUCAAUUAUAUUGUGUAUUGAUAGUUGUUUGGUAGACUCUGGUUUUGUUUAUGUAUUUAAUUUCUAGUAGGAUAGCUUAUUAGGUGAAAAGUGAGAUGUAAUUGUUGAAAGUGUGCCCCCUCCCACAUUAGAUUGGUGUUCCAUGACUCUUCACCAUUAAUGCUAAGAAUCUGAUUAUAGAAGUUUUGUUUGCAUUCCUGAGAAACUCAUUUCAUUUUAAAAAAAUAGACUGCUGUGUAAUGUGUGUAUGGUAUUCUUAAGGAAUGUCAAAUUUGGAUGAAUUAAGGAUGUAAGUCAAUUUGUAGUGGAAGGACAUAAGAAAAGCAAACUUAUUCAUUUGUUGAUCAGGGUGUAUUUGAAGGUCAUUCACAAACUUGAGGAAGCAAAAGUUGCUCAAUGAGAUUACAGUCUAGCUAUUUAUUAGGAUAACUUUCCUACAGCAAAGUUCUCAAACUGUAAGCAACUGUAAUCUGUGGUCUUUGAAGUAAUAUUCAGUAAGGGGAGAGUGGGGUUACCCAACCUCCGAUGCUACCCCAAGCCAUGUCGGCUUUUGGGGAUGCUCAUGAGUGGUAUAUGGGGGCUCUGAGCCGGCAAGAAGCCGCUGCCUGCCUCCAGGGCCACCGACAUGGAACCUUUCUGGUACGGGAUAGCACCACAUGCCCAGGUGACUACGUGCUCUCCGUCAGCGAGAACUCCAAGGUAUCUCACUACAUCAUCAACAGCCUCCCUGGGCGCUUACGGAUCGGGGAGCAUGAAUUUGAUGGCUUCCCUGCUCUGCUAGACUUCUACCGCCUCCAUUACCUGGACACCACCACCCUGGUGGCCCCUGUGGGCCGGGUGGUGGCCCCUGCGUCUGCCCAGCCCCCUCCUGCUGGUGAAUGGGUCCGUGCCCUCUAUGACUUUGUGGGCCGCGAUCAAGAGGACCUCCCUUUCAGCAAAGGGGAACCCCUGAGGGUGUUGGCAAAACCUGAAGAGCAGUGGUGGACAGCGCAGCGGGCGGAUGGGCGUGUGGGUAUGAUACCUGUACCCUACGUCCAGCCCUGUCCCUAUGCUCAUCCCAGCAGCCACGGUGCCCCCCGGCAUGCUCCAGUAAUAGCAAGAGCAGUACAGCGCAGAGUGCCUGGGGCGAGUGACAAGACCGCACUGGCCUUUGAGGUGGGUGAUCUCAUUGCAGUCACCAAGAUGAACGUCAAUGGCCAAUGGGAAGGUGAGCUGAAUGGGCGCCGUGGCCAUUUCCCCUUCACCCACGUCAAGGUCCUCGACCCUGAAGAAGCUAGCUGAGCAUCUGGUGUAACCUUUGGACUUGGACUUUCCCCAAAGGGGUCAUGACCCCUGAACUCUUCUGACCUGUGACCUUCUGGCUGUCUUGAGCACUGUAUUUCCUGAUAUUGAACCUUACGUUUUGACCUACCUGGUGGGUGUUAUUGAUCAUCCAGUUCACUGAUAUUUACUUCCUUGGAGAUGGACCUUUUAAGCCAACUUGAACUUUUAUUGGACACUGAACGCUGCUCCUUGACUUAACUGUUCUUAUAUGCUGUGGUAGUCGACUCUAUCAACUUUGACCCUUUGUGGGAUUUGUUCAUAUUGGCUUCCUGAAAACAAUGUUCCUUAUGGCCUUCUGGUCUUCAACUUUGAGUAUGUGCCCUUGAAUCUUGCUAUUCUGCAUCCUGUGAUCUGUGAACCCAGAAGUUCUUGAGCUUUGAUUGACCCGCCUUAGUCUUUGUGUAUUUUUCAUGGGGGUGGGAGCAGUGCUUGGCUUUGAAUGGAUGACAGGAAUCAUGCCACCCCAUAAUAGGAAUCCCAAUCCACUUGUUGUCUGUUCCAAACCUCCUUGUUAAUUAAAGUUUCUUGCUGGUUA